UAGGGAAAAAUCUAAAACACCUAUACGUAGGCAUCUUGACUGACCAGAAAUCACAAAGCCUUGAACUUGAAUUUCACCAAGCUUAUCAAAACUUCCCAUUUUUGGUUUUAUUACUGUAGAAAAUCUAAAAUAUUUAAAAAUUCAAUCUAACCAUCCUAAAACACAAAAGAUGCCUCCAAAAGCUUGUCUUUUCGAUAUGGACGGUCUUUUAUUAGACACGGAAACCAUAUAUACAAAAAGUACAAACAUUAUAUUGGAACGAUACCAAAAAGGCCCUUUUCCUAUGGAGAUCAAGGCUCAAAUGAUGGGUCGACCAUCUCGAGAAGCUUGUCAGAUUUUCCUCGACUGGUCCAAGUUGGACUUGUCGUAUGAACAAUACGUGCAGAUGCAGCGUGAAUUGCAAUCUGAAUUAUGGAAACAAACUCAACCUCUUCCUGGAGCACUGGAACUUUUACGUCAAUGUAAAACGCUCAACAUUCCAAUGGUACUCGCUACUUCUAGUGAUACCUACAACUUUGAAAGGAAAACUGGCCAUUUAAGAGACAUGUUUAUGCUUUUUGAGAACAAUAUUGUAACGGGAGAUGACGAUCGUUUGCUUCCUGGUCGUGGAAAGCCAAAUCCCGACAUUUGGUUCAUUGCCUUGGAGGUCAUCAACGAAAAGCUCCGAUCAAAGAACGAACCAGAGGUUGAAGCAAAGGACUGUCUUGUUUUUGAAGACUCCAUAUUGGGACUUGAAUCGGGAAGAGCUGCUGACAUGAAAGUAAUUUGGGUUCCUGAUCCCAAGCUUCUCCCUUUUUUCUCGUUGUCUUCUGAACAAGCCGCGGACAAGAAUAUCAUCAAGUGUUCUUCUCUGAAGGAAGUCGACUUACAAAAUAUCUAAUUCUUUCUGUCUUUUUCUUUUCAUGGUGCUACUUGUUACAAAGCUUCAAUUCUUCUUUUUCCAUCUUAUAGUAUUGCAACCACAUCCAUCAAACAUAUUUUGAACGAUUAUACGAACCUUUCAUUGAAUUUUUCCUUUCGAUUGCCAUCGAUUUUUUGUUACAAUCGUUGAUCAUUUUAUAGAAACAUAAUACAAAAUAUAUUCAAGAAGCUUAUAGAUGAUCAGAU